ACCAAGCCUGCACGCAGUGGCGUCCUCUCGCAUGAGUCGCGCGAUCGUCUGUUGUUAGUGCUGUAGGAAUCAAGCAAGAAACGACAAGACGUGUUGCCACCGUUGCAGUUACACCUGACACCAUGAGGGAACAUUCGAUAAAGCGAGGCUCCGACGACCUCUUGUCGCAGACGGGCGCAGUGAGCAAUGGCUCAGUAAUGAGUCCGCAGCCAAAUCAUGCGGACAACAACAAUGACGCCAAGAAGGUGAAACUGGACAAAAACAAUGGCAAACCGUCCAAGGUGAUACACAUCCGCAACAUCCCUAACGACGUGACAGAGGCUGAAAUCAUCCACUUGGGGAUACCAUUCGGUCGAGUCACCAAUGUGCUUGUCCUCAAAGGAAAGAAUCAGGCAUUCCUGGAGAUGGCUGACGAGGUCGCAGCGUCCACCAUGGUGAACUACUUCACAUCAUGUGUGGCGCAACUUCGCGGCCGAGCAGUCUAUGUGCAGUUUUCCAACCACAAGGAACUCAAGACCGACCAGACGCAUUCCAACGCGAACGCGUCGGCACAGGCUGCGCUGCAGGCCGCUUCCGCCUUGUCUGGUCAGAACGAGACCCAAGGCGGACCAAACACAGUACUCCGUGUCAUCAUCGAGCACAUGGUCUAUCCAGUUACUCUAGAUGUGCUCUGUCAGAUUUUCACGAGAUUUGGCAAGGUUUUGAAGAUAGUCACUUUCACCAAAAACAAUACGUUCCAAGCUUUGAUUCAGUAUCCAGAUGUAAUCACAGCUCAAGCUGCCAAGCUGUCUUUGGAUGGUCAGAACAUCUACAACUCGUGCUGCACUCUUCGGAUUGAAUACUCGAAGCUAACAAGUUUAAAUGUGAAGUACAACAAUGACAAGAGUCGUGACUACACUAAUCCAAGCUUACCUACUGGAGAUCCUGGCCUUGAUGCAACACUGGCUUUGGGUGGUGAGCUGUUGCCACAGCUACUUCUAGGUGGUGCUGGUGGAGCUCGCCAUCGUGGAAUUGGUCAAGAUUCAGCUACAGCAGCUGCUGCCCGUCUCCCUCCACCAGGUGCUCCAGGUGUCCUGGCUUCACCAUUUGCAGCCAUGCAUGGUCUUGGCUCACCGCUUACCUCGCCGUAUGGCAACUCCGCAGUUGGAGGUCUGGGAGCAGCUGGGAUGCCUCUAGCUGGUUUCCAGAUGGCUGGUGCAGCAGCAACCACUGCUCUUGGUGGUGCUGGAAUUCGCUUGGCUGGCUCACUAAAUACUGGUGGAUGUGUACUGCUUGUCAGCAAUCUGAAUGAAGAGAUGGUCACGCCUGAAGCUCUCUUUACCCUAUUUGGUGUGUAUGGCGACGUACAGCGUGUGAAGAUCUUGUACAAUAAAAAGGAUAGUGCCCUUAUUCAGAUGGCUGAACCACACCAAGCUCACUUGGCCAUGACACACUUGGAUAAAUUGAGAGUCUUUGGGAAGCAGAUACGUGUAAUGCCUUCCAAGCAUCAGACAGUUCAGCUGCCAAAGGAAGGACAACCAGAUGCUGGCCUUACAAAAGAUUUUACAAAUUCGGUUCUGCAUCGUUUUAAGAAACCUGGCUCCAAGAAUUAUCAGAACAUUUAUCCACCAUCACCAACGCUUCAUCUUUCCAACAUUCCCCCAACAGUUUCUGAAGAAGAAAUUAAAGAAGCUUUUACAAAGAAUGGCUUCACUGUGAAAGCAUUUAAAUUUUUCCCAAAGGAUCGUAAGAUGGCACUUAUACAGCUUCCUUCAGCUGAUGAUGCUGUUGCAGCUCUCAUUAAAAUGCACAAUUACCAGCUGAGUGAGUCCAAUCAUCUGAGAGUCUCGUUCUCAAAGUCCAACAUAUAAAUACACCCAAAUGUAUUAUCUUCGAAAAUGUGUCUUGCGUGUGAAUUAAGAGGAAAUGCUGAAUUUAGGUGUACGAGCCUGAAUUUAAUGUGUGUGCUUUCAUACUUUGAUGGUACAUUGUAUUUAUCAGGGAAAGACGAUUCGCUAUUUUCAAAACAUUGCAUAGCAAAUGUAAGGAAAUGCAAUGAAGGGACAAUGAAUGUUAAUUGGAAAGUCAGUUUUUAAAACCUUACUGUAGGACAUAUGUUUUACUCAUGUCAAUUGAUCAUUAUUCUGCUACUCAUGAAUUAGAUGCACAGAAUUUAAUUUCUUCCCUUUAUAAAAUUAAAAACCACAAAUUCAUUAUGGAAGGAGUUGAGCACUUGAUAUUAAAGUGACAUAUUUUAAUAGCUGUGGUAUAACUUACAACAUUUCAUUGAUGGAUGUAUAUCAUUUAUGUCCAACCAUUUCCUAUUUUCUUCCUACCCAUCAUUCUUUUGCACUAAUUCUUGUGUUUCACUGUUGCGUUCACAGCGGUCACUUUUUUGCUGUUUGUGUACAAUUAGAGUGAAACAGGGUUGGCUAGUUGAUAUACUUGUAGCACAGUUAUUAAUAGUAAUACAACAAGGAUAGUGUUUCCUUAUGUGUAUACAUAUAUGUGUAUUGUCCAUUAUAUUCUUGAUACCCCUUUAUAUUACAAAGGUGACGGUUGUACUGAAAUUUGUUUCUGUUCAGCAUCAGAUGUUUAUUGGACAGUGACUCUGACAUAUAUCUUUAUGCAUUUCUUUACUUUUCCAAUGAUGUCUGUCAGCAUUGUGUAAUAAGAUAUUACCUGAAAUGGUAAGAGCUUUCCAGCAACAAUACUGGUAAUAAAAAAGCUUAAUUUUGGUUCAUUUGUUGAUUUUUCACUUUUUAUGCAUCGAAGUAAUUUGCUCGUGUAAAAGAAUUUUUCUGUGUCCUUCCUUAUUUUCUGUGUAAUCUAUCCUUCCAGUUUUGUUCUAAGUAUCAUAAGAAGUUGUACAACACAAAGAUUGCUAUGUUAGAGUGUACUGGUUCGGCAUGAUACAUUGUGUCUGGACAAAGUAACAAAUUUCAGUACGUGAUGCUCUAUACUUUCAUGUUUGCUAAGCUGUGCUGUGUAUUGUGUAACACUGUUGGUUUGUGUGGAAGGUGCAUAAUAUUGCUCUGAAAAGACAGAGCAUCUCUUGCAAAUCAUCAUUGUCAAUCAGUUUUAUGUAUGAGUGUGUCUGGGAUUUUUGUGUUAUACCUUUAUAUUUUGCCGAAUGUCAGUUUUAUUUGCAACAGUAAACCACAAAAUAUGAAAGAGAAAGAGAGAGGGAAAGAAAGCAAGUGAAACCUACCUGACCUGUCCUGAGUUAUACACAAUAGCGGUUUACAAUAUGUGUACGGUAUUUGGAUUUAAAGUUUGAAAAUUAUAGAAUGGUUACAAAAUUGUGUUAUGUGAUCAAAUUCAUAACAGUAAGUACAUAUUAUGUUUAAACGACAUAAUAAUGGUGCGCUAAGAAGACUGCAUGUAAAGUCAGUGAAGGGUAUGUAAAUCACCUAGCCUGAUGAAUUGGAGGAAUAAAGCUAAUUUUUUUAACGGA